CUCGUCAUCUCAUUCGUGGCAAUUGGAAUCCAGCCGCUAGAACUCUAGUCAACUACUUGAAUAGCCUACUAAUAGAAACAAGACAUCUUCAUUCAUCGGUCACUCAACAACAGAGUCUAUAGCUUCCAUGGCAUCUCUGCCAGCUUCUCUCCCAAGAUACAUGUCCCAUGUUCCUCCAAGACACACCCAUCACUUGCAUGAUUUAUGUGUUUUUCCACGAAAUCUUUCACUUACGAAACAAGGGUCCGUCAGAGAAUUGAGAAUCGCUACAAGUUCGAAUCAAACUGAACCUUUGAUCGAUUCUACUGAUAAACUAUCAGACAUUCCUCUCCUGUCUUGCUCAGAGGCUAUUGAAAAACUAAAACAGAACAGAGAAAACUAUAAAGGAAAGCAGCAAUUCCUGGCCAUGUACUCUAGCAUUUUUGGUGGAAUAAUAACUGAUGCUGCAGCUAUGGUGAUCCCUGUGGAUGAUCACAUGGUUCAUAGGGGGCAUGGUGUCUUUGAUACUGCUGCAAUAAUGGACGGAUACCUCUAUGAAUUAGACCAACAUCUUGAUCGUAUCAUAAGGUCAGCAUCCAUGGCAAAAAUUGUCCUUCCAUUUGAUCGUGAGACUAUAAGAAGAAUCCUUGUUAAAACUGUAAGUGCUUCUAAGUGUAUAAAAGGAUCACUGAGAUACUGGAUUUCAGCUGGACCGGGUGACUUCCAUCUAUCACCUUCCGGCUGCUAUCAACCAGCCCUUUAUGCCAUUGUGAUUGAAGAUCAAUCUUUGUUUGAUUCAAAAGGCAUCAAAGUAGUCACUUCAUCGGUCCCCAUAAAACCUCCCCGGUUUGCCAGCAUGAAGAGUGUAAAUUACCUUCCAAAUGUGCUUUCAAAGAUGGAAGCUGAAGAAAAAGGUGCAUAUGCGGCCAUUUGGCUGGAUAAUGAUGGAUUUAUUGCUGAAGGGCCUAAUAUGAAUGUGGCAUUUGUUACUAAGGAAAAAGAGCUUCUGAUGCCCAACUUUGACAAAAUUUUGAGUGGUUGCACAGCUAAGAGAGUUUUGACUCUUGCAGAGGGACUGGUGAGAGAUGGGAAGCUUCAUGGAAUAAGAGUGGAUAAUGUGAGUGUUGAGGAGGGGAAGAGAGCAGAUGAAAUGAUGCUUAUUGGCAGUGGAGUCCUUGUUCGCCCUGUAGUGCAGUGGGAUGAACAGGUUAUCGGUGAUGGCAAAGAAGGUCCAAUAUCCCAGAUGCUCUUGAAUUUCAUCCUAGAGGACAUGAAAUCUGGUCCCUCUUCGGUCCGAGUACCUGUUCCUUAUUAAGCAAGCUUAAUUCAGUAUCUUGGUAUCAGAAGGUAUGACUACAAAUUUUGAGAGGUCGUUGCCAUGAAUCUGCCUCUUGCCAGUAAGCUUUGCAGAUAGACAAACGACUCUGUAAUUCUGUAAUCCAAAGCACUAUAUAUUGUAUGAAAUUAAACAGUUAGCCAAAAUAAGCAGUUUGAGGCCCUUGUCCUGAUCCAAUGCUAG